ACCCUCUUAACUUCCCAGCUGCACCUUCUCAUUUGCCAAUAAGGGUCUGUGAGUUCAGCAGCCAUGAGUUCCGACGCUGAGAUGGCCGUUUUCGGGGAGGCUGCUCCUUACCUCCGGAAGUCUGAAAAGGAGAGAAUCGAGGCCCAGAAUAGGCCUUUUGAUGCCAAAACAUCUGUCUUUGUGGCGGAGCCCAAGGAAUCCUUUGUCAAAGGAACCAUUCAGAGCAAAGAUGCAGGGAAAGUGACCGUGAAAACCGAAGCAGGAGCGACCCUGACAGUGAAAGAAGACCAGAUCUUCCCCAUGAACCCUCCCAAGUACGAUAAGAUCGAGGACAUGGCCAUGAUGACCCACCUGCACGAGCCCGCUGUGCUGUACAACCUCAAAGAGCGUUAUGCAGCCUGGAUGAUCUACACCUACUCAGGCCUCUUCUGUGUCACCGUUAACCCCUACAAGUGGCUGCCGGUGUACAACCCUGAAGUGGUGGCGGCCUACAGAGGCAAAAAGCGCCAGGAGGCUCCGCCCCACAUCUUCUCCAUCUCUGACAACGCCUACCAGUUCAUGCUAACUGACCGGGAGAAUCAGUCAAUCCUGAUCACCGGAGAAUCCGGGGCUGGGAAGACUGUGAACACGAAGCGUGUCAUCCAGUACUUUGCAACAAUUGCAGUUACUGGGGAGAAAAAGAAGGAGGAGGCGACUUCUGGCAAAAUGCAGGGGACCCUGGAAGAUCAAAUCAUCAGUGCCAACCCCCUGCUGGAGGCAUUUGGGAAUGCCAAGACUGUGAGGAACGACAACUCGUCUCGCUUUGGUAAAUUCAUCAGGAUCCACUUUGGCACUACGGGGAAACUGGCGUCUGCUGACAUCGAAACCUAUCUGCUAGAGAAGUCCCGGGUCACUUUCCAGCUCAAGGCGGAAAGAAGCUACCAUAUAUUUUAUCAGAUCACAUCCAACAAGAAGCCAGAGCUGAUCGAAAUGCUGCUGAUCACCACAAACCCAUAUGAUUACCCGUUUGUCAGCCAAGGGGAGAUCAGUGUGGCCAGCAUUGAUGACCAGGAAGAACUGAUGGCUACGGAUAGUGCUAUUGACAUUUUGGGCUUUACAAAUGAUGAAAAGGUCUCCAUCUAUAAGCUCACGGGAGCCGUGAUGCAUUAUGGGAACAUGAAGUUCAAGCAGAAGCAGCGGGAGGAGCAAGCUGAGCCAGAUGGCACUGAAGUUGCUGACAAGGCUGCCUAUCUUCAGGGUCUGAACUCUGCUGACCUGCUCAAAGCCCUCUGCUACCCCAGGGUCAAAGUCGGCAAUGAGUAUGUCACCAAAGGCCAGACUGUUGAGCAGGUGACCAAUGCUGUGGGUGCCCUGGCCAAGGCCAUGUAUGAGAAGAUGUUCCUGUGGAUGGUCACCCGCAUCAACCAGCAGCUGGACACCAAGCAGCCCAGGCAGUACUUCAUUGGAGUCUUGGACAUUGCUGGCUUUGAGAUCUUUGAUUUUAACAGCCUGGAGCAGCUGUGCAUCAACUUCACCAACGAGAAACUGCAACAGUUUUUCAACCACCACAUGUUCGUGCUGGAGCAGGAGGAGUACAAGAAGGAAGGCAUCGAGUGGACCUUCAUCGACUUCGGGAUGGACCUGGCGGCCUGCAUCGAGCUCAUCGAGAAGCCCAUGGGCAUCUUCUCCAUCCUGGAAGAGGAGUGCAUGUUCCCCAAGGCGACAGACACCUCCUUCAAGAACAAGCUGUAUGAACAACAUCUUGGAAAGUCUGCCAACUUUCAGAAGCCCAAAGUGGUCAAAGGCAAGGCUGAAGCCCACUUCUCCCUCAUUCACUAUGCGGGUACCGUGGACUAUAACAUCACUGGCUGGCUGGACAAGAACAAGGACCCCUUGAAUGAGACUGUGGUGGGGCUGUACCAGAAGUCUUCAAUGAAAACUCUGGCUUACCUCUUCUCUGGGGCUCAAACUGCGGAAGCAGAGGCAAGUGGCGGUGGAGCUGCCAAGAAAGGUGCCAAGAAGAAGGGGUCCUCUUUCCAGACCGUGUCUGCCCUGUUCAGAGAGAAUUUGAACAAGCUGAUGACCAACCUCAGGAGCACCCAUCCUCAUUUUGUGAGGUGUAUCAUCCCCAAUGAGACCAAGACUCCUGGUGCCAUGGAGCACGAACUGGUCCUGCACCAGCUGAGGUGUAACGGGGUGCUGGAAGGCAUUCGCAUCUGCCGGAAGGGGUUCCCCAGCAGGAUCCUCUAUGCAGACUUCAAGCAGAGAUACAAAGUGUUAAAUGCAAGUGCCAUCCCUGAGGGUCAGUACAUCGAUAGCAAGAAGGCUUCUGAGAAGCUGCUUGGCUCCAUUGAUAUUGACCACACUCAAUAUAAGUUUGGUCACACCAAGGUCUUUUUCAAAGCUGGUCUUCUGGGGCUCCUAGAGGAGAUGAGAGAUGACAAGUUGGCCCAGCUUAUUACCCGGACCCAGGCCAUGUGCAGAGGGUUUUUGGCGAGAGUGGAGUACCAGAAGAUGGUGGAGAGAAGGGAGUCCAUCUUCUGCAUCCAGUACAAUAUCCGUGCCUUCAUGAAUGUCAAGCACUGGCCCUGGAUGAAACUCUUUUUCAAGAUCAAGCCCUUGCUGAAGAGCGCAGAGACCGAGAAGGAGAUGGCCACCAUGAAGGAGGAGUUCCAGAAAACCAAAGAUGACCUUGCCAAGUCAGAGGCAAAGAGAAAGGAACUAGAAGAAAAGAUGGUGUCCCUGUUGAAAGAAAAGAAUGACUUGCAACUCCAAGUUCAGGCUGAAGCUGAAGGCUUGGCUGAUGCAGAAGAAAGAUGUGACCAGCUGAUCAAAACCAAAAUCCAACUGGAAGCCAAAAUCAAAGAGGUGACCGAGAGAGCCGAGGACGAGGAGGAGAUCAACGCCGAGCUCACAGCCAAGAAGAGGAAGCUGGAGGACGAGUGCUCAGAGCUGAAGAAGGACAUCGAUGACCUUGAGCUGACACUGGCCAAGGUUGAGAAGGAGAAGCACGCCACGGAGAACAAGGUGAAAAACCUCACAGAGGAGAUGGCAGGCCUGGAUGAAACCAUUGCCAAGCUGACCAAGGAGAAGAAGGCCCUCCAGGAGGCCCACCAGCAGACCCUGGAUGACCUGCAGGCAGAGGAGGACAAAGUCAACACCCUGACCAAAGCCAAAAUCAAGCUUGAACAGCAAGUAGAUGAUCUUGAAGGGUCCUUGGAGCAAGAAAAGAAACUUCGCAUGGACCUAGAAAGAGCCAAGAGAAAACUUGAGGGUGACUUGAAGUUAGCCCAGGAGUCCAUCAUGGACAUUGAAAAUGAGAAACAGCAGCUUGAUGAAAGGCUCAAAAAGAAAGAGUUUGAAAUGAGCAACCUGCAGAGCAAGAUUGAGGAUGAGCAGGCCAUCGGCAUUCAACUGCAGAAGAAGAUCAAGGAGUUGCAGGCCCGCAUCGAGGAGCUGGAGGAGGAAAUCGAGGCAGAACGGGCCUCCAGGGCCAAAGCAGAGAAGCAGCGCUCUGACCUCUCCCGGGAACUGGAGGAGAUCAGCGAGAGGCUGGAAGAAGCUGGCGGGGCCACUUCAGCCCAGAUCGAGAUGAACAAGAAGAGAGAGGCUGAGUUCCAGAAAAUGCGCAGGGACCUGGAGGAGGCCACCCUGCAGCAUGAAGCCACAGCGGCCACCCUGAGGAAGAAGCACGCGGACAGCGUGGCUGAGCUCGGGGAGCAGAUUGACAACUUGCAGCGGGUCAAGCAGAAGCUGGAGAAGGAGAAGAGUGAGAUGAAGAUGGAGAUCGAUGACCUCGCCAGUAAUGUAGAGACAGUGUCUAAGGCCAAGGUACAUGUUUGAAAAAUAGUUAUUAACGCACUAAUCCAUAAGGAUAUGUCCAUUUGCAUAGAGCACUUUCUAGACAUUAAGGACCUCACCACCCAGAGAGGACGCCUGCAGACCGAAUCAGGUGAAUUUUCCCGACAGCUUGAUGAGAAGGAAGCACUGGUAUCUCAGUUAUCAAGGGGGAAGCAAGCCUUUACUCAACAGAUUGAGGAGCUAAAGAGGCAGCUUGAAGAGGAAGUAAAGGCCAAGAACGCGCUGGCCCACGCCCUGCAGUCCUCCCGCCAUGACUGUGACCUACUUCGGGAACAGUAUGAGGAGGAGCAGGAAUCUAAGGCUGAGCUGCAGAGGGCACUGUCCAAGGCCAACAGCGAGGUGGCCCAGUGGAGGACCAAAUAUGAGACGGAUGCCAUCCAGCGCACAGAGGAGCUGGAGGAGGCCAAGAAGAAGCUGGCUCAGCGCCUGCAGGCGGCUGAGGAGCACGUAGAAGCCGUCAACGCCAAGUGUGCUUCCCUGGAGAAGACGAAGCAGCGGCUGCAGAAUGAAGUGGAGGACCUCAUGCUGGACGUGGAGAGGACCAACGCGGCCUGCGCUGCCCUAGACAAGAAGCAGAGAAACUUCGACAAGAUCCUGGCAGAGUGGAAGCAGAAGUAUGAGGAAACCCACGCUGAGCUGGAGGCAUCCCAGAAGGAGGCCCGCUCUCUGGGCACUGAGCUCUUCAAGAUGAAGAACGCCUAUGAGGAGUCGCUGGAUCAGCUAGAAACCUUGAAGCGAGAGAAUAAGAACUUACAGCAGGAGAUUUCUGACCUCACGGAGCAGAUUGCAGAAGGAGGAAAGCGCAUCCAUGAACUGGAGAAAAUAAAGAAGCAAGUCGAACAAGAGAAGUGUGAACUUCAGGCCGCGCUAGAGGAAGCAGAGGCAUCUCUGGAGCACGAGGAGGGAAAGAUCCUGCGCAUCCAGCUGGAGCUGAACCAAGUCAAGUCUGAGAUCGACAGGAAGAUUGCUGAGAAGGAUGAGGAGAUCGACCAGCUGAAGAGAAACCACAUUAGAGUCGUGGAGUCCAUGCAGAGCACGCUGGACGCUGAGAUCAGGAGCAGGAACGAUGCCAUCAGGAUCAAGAAGAAGAUGGAGGGAGACCUCAACGAGAUGGAAAUCCAGCUGAACCACUCGAACCGCAUGGCUGCCGAGGCCCUGAGAAACUACAGGAACACACAGGGCAUCCUCAAGGACACUCAGCUGCACCUGGAUGAUGCUCUCCGGGGCCAGGAGGACCUGAAGGAGCAGCUGGCCAUGGUUGAGCGCAGAGCCAACCUGCUGCAGGCUGAGAUUGAAGAGCUGCGGGCCACGCUGGAACAGACAGAGAGGAGCAGGAAGAUUGCAGAGCAGGAGCUGCUGGAUGCCAGUGAGCGUGUGCAGCUCCUCCACACCCAGAACACCAGCCUCAUCAACACCAAGAAGAAGCUGGAGACAGACAUUUCCCAAAUCCAGGGAGAGAUGGAAGACAUCGUCCAGGAAGCCCGCAAUGCAGAAGAGAAGGCCAAGAAAGCCAUCACUGACGCCGCCAUGAUGGCGGAGGAGCUGAAGAAGGAGCAGGACACCAGUGCCCACCUGGAGCGGAUGAAGAAGAACAUGGAGCAGACGGUGAAGGACCUACAGCUGCGUCUGGAUGAGGCUGAGCAGCUGGCGCUGAAAGGUGGCAAGAAACAGAUCCAGAAACUGGAGGCCAGGGUGCGUGAACUGGAAGGUGAGGUGGAGAGUGAGCAGAAGCGGAAUGUUGAGGCCGUCAAAGGUCUGCGCAAACACGAGAGGCGAGUGAAGGAGCUUACUUACCAGACAGAAGAAGACCGAAAAAAUAUUCUCAGGCUUCAGGAUUUGGUGGAUAAACUCCAGGCAAAAGUGAAAUCUUACAAGAGACAAGCUGAAGAGGCUGAGGAACAAUCCAACACAAAUCUAUCCAAAUUCCGCAAGAUCCAGCACGAGCUGGAGGAAGCUGAGGAGCGGGCUGACAUCGCUGAGUCGCAGGUCAACAAGCUGCGGGUGAAGAGCCGGGAGGUUCACACCAAAAUCAUAAGUGAAGAGUAAGGCAGCCCUGAUGCUGUGGAAUGACUGAAGAGAGGCACAAAAUGUGAAGCCUUUGGUCAUGCCCCUGUGUAAUUCUAUUCCAUCCUGUUGUAAGGAAAUAAAGAGCCCAAGUUCUUUUGCAAGCAA